GGAAUUUGAACACUGCUAGAUGUAACAAGGAAUAUUGCUAGUUUGGAGGCAUGAUGGUGGGUGAGGUGGACCAGCUGCAAAAGGAAGUGUCUGUGUGCAAGGUGUGGGGUGGGGCUGUUAAUGUCACUGUCCCCACAGGAAGAGGGCAAGAGUUUGAAAGCUUUGGGGGCAGGGGGACUCAGAAGUCUUGCAGUAAGAUGGAGCCCCGCUGGUUCUUGCUGCUGGUGGUGGUCCUUGGGACCCUGUUGGCAGGUUCAUCUGCCCCCCACCCAGCUGGCAAUGCAUUUGAGAUCAAGAUCAUCGGCGGUCACGAGGUUGCCCCCCACUCCUGCCCAUACAUGGCCUCACUGCAGAAAGCUGGCUCCCACCUGUGUGGGGGGGUCCUCGUGCACCCACGGUGGGUGUUGACCGCUGCCCACUGUCUAACUGAACCGGUACAACGGCUGAGGCUGGUGCUGGGCCUUCACGACCUCCACAACCCCCAUGCCCCUGGCCUCACCUUCCACAUCAAGGCAGCUAUCAGGCACCCUGGCUACAAUCUCCACCUAGAGAAUGACCUCAUGCUGCUUAAGCUGGACGGGCAGGUACGACCCAGCAGGACCAUCCGGCCCCUGGCUGUGCCCAGAGGGCGCCGUGCUGUGCCAGCAGGCACAAAGUGUAGCAUGGUGGGCUGGGGGCAGACCCACCAGGGUGGGAAACCGGCCCGGACACUGCAGAAGCUGGACCUCCAUGUGCUGGACAUCCGGAUGUGCAACAACAGCCGUUUCUGGAAUGGCAGCAUCACCAGCCACAUGCUCUGCCUCGCAGCUGACUCCAAGGCCCAGGCCCCCUGCAAGGGUGAUUCAGGUGGACCCCUGGUGUGUAGCAAAGGCCAGCUGUCUGGAAUCCUGUCCUUCAGCUCCAAGACCUGUACCGAUGUCUUCAAGCCUCCCGUGGCUACCGCUGUGGCCCCCUAUGUGUCUUGGAUCAGGAAGAUCACCGGCCGCUGCUCAGAGUGACCUGGACCCCUCUCUGCAGGAUCCUUCCCUACAGGGUUAUUGGAGGGACCCAGAUGGGGCCAAAUUGGGCGUGUCUAGGAGAGCCAAUAAAUUGUGAU